GCAUAAUGGAUCUUGCAUUUCUGGUUCUUGGUCGCGUUGCCGGUGAACUUGCCAAGAGAUUCGUAGGAGCAUCAUUGACCAAUGACCACAGUGUGUUCGGCCGAUCUCUCGGGCCACGGAGAGUACCGUAAGAGUACCAACACGCGGAUAACACAGAGGGGGUAAGAGCGCUCGGUCAACGCUCCUGCUUAAUGUAUAUAAAGGUUGCGGUCUCGGCGGAAACCCAAGGCAGAUCGUCAUCAGACAUGUUCACGAAAAUCAUCCUAGCACUCUCGGCUCUGGCCUGGGCCAGCGCCCAGAUCCCCAACUUGGGCUUCUGCCCGGAAUACAUACCCAUGGCGAACUUUAACAUGGAAAGAUUCGCAGGUGUUUGGUACGAGGCCGAGAGGUACUUUCAGCUCAGCGAAGUGGUGUCUCGGUGUGUCAUGACGAAUUACACCAAAGGUGUCGACGGGAAAUAUCGCGUGAGCAAUCAAGUUACUAAUCGCUUCACCGGCGUAAAGAGGAUACUGGAGGGUGAAAUCAAGCCUUCAGCGUCCAAGGCUGAGGAGGGUAAACUUCACGUCAAGUACACCACAAUCCCACUUACUCCCGAGACUAAGUACUCGGUACUCGAAACGGAUUAUGACUCGUACGCCGUUUUGUGGAGCUGCCAAGGCAUCGGUCCGGUUCAUGCGCAAAAUGCAUGGGUCAUGACGAGAGACCAGAUACCGCCUGGAGAAGUGCUUCAGAAGGCUUAUGGCGUGCUUGACAAAUACAAGAUAUCGAAGACGUUCUUCGUGAGGACCGAUCAGGCGGAUUGUUUGGAAAUUCCGGUGCAGUCCACCCAGCAGAAGUCGAAGCCGAAGCCGAAACCGCAGGCGACCAAAUCGGACGAGGGCUUGAGAUCGGCCGUCAAUCCGGAAGCCGAAGUUGAAUUGAAGGAAAAACCGGAAGCCCAAACUCCGGACCAGAAUGUCGCACCGUCCGACAUUCCCAAGAUAAUAGUGGAGGAAACGGCGAAGCUCGAGAAGGUGGAGACCGUCCCGGAGCGGAUUCUGAAGAUAGCCGAAGUGAUAAAGGAGGAAAGCGGCGACGCGGAUAAAACGAUCAUUGCCGAGAUCAAGGAGGAGAACGUCGCGGAAAGCGCGAAGGAGGAGAAAAUCGUGAAUGUAAAAGAGACUAUUUCGGAAAAAAACAUGUUGCGAAUAUUGUUGAUCGUUAUCAUUGCAAAUGCAGCAAUGGCGCAGGUGCCGUUUUUGGGUGCGUGUCCAAAUUUGGAAACAAUGCAAAAUUUCGAGCUUGAUAAAUAUUUGGGCAAAUGGUACGAAGUCGAGAGGUAUUUCGCGUGGUUCGAAUUUGGCGGAAGAUGCGUGACAGCUAAUUACAGCCUGGGCGAGAAUGACUCGGUGAAGAUCGUCAACACCCAAAUUUCUUUACUAACUGGAGUUGCAGCGAGUAUCGAGGGCAUCGGAAGGUUAAUCAGCAAAUCUGAUGACCCUAAAUUGUCCGUCACUUUUCCAUCAUUGCCACUGCCGUUCGAUGCACCUUAUUGGAUACUCGAUUCAGACUACAAGACGUACGCCGUGGUAUGGAGCUGUACAAACCUCGGAGUAUUUAACGUACGAAACGUUUGGAUAUUGACACGAGAACCAAGACCGCCCGUUGCAGUUUUAGAGAAGUCUUAUCAAGUUAUUGAUAAGAAUAAUAUCAGCAGAGCGUACUUUAUUCGUACAGAUCAAAAGAAUUGCCCGGCUUCGUAUUAGAACGAUCAUCUCAACGGAAAUACUCGGUGAAAAAUAAGUUUGUUAAAAUAUCUAUAAGCUUUAUGAACGACUCCUUGAAUUGUGAAUUAGAAUAUUUAUAGCCAACGGCGACAUGAAUGCCAGCUUUGAUCAUAAUUAUGCAGGCAUUAUAAUUUUACAACCAAUGAAUGCUUAAUGUGAUUGAUGUGGACAUUUAUUGUACUUGAAGUUAAAACACUGCGUAGUUGCAAUGUUUAAAGUUGUAGUUUCUUGUGACUGUGAUUUUACUGCAAAAAUAUAAAACGAAUUGAAUACAUUAUUUUGUACUAUAAAAUUGGAGAAGAUUCAAAAUUUUAUUAUAAAUUAUAAUAAAAAAAUGCAUGUGUGUGUACAUUUAUAUGUACAAUACAUACAUUUAUAUUUUAACAUUUAUUUAUAAUUUAGCUAUAUUUAUAUUUUGUGUUAGCUUUUAUAUGUAAUUAGAUUUGUUAAUCUGAAUAAUAAUGUGUUAUGUUUACUUAUUUCUAUAUUUGUUGAAAAUAUGACGGCUGAGACUAAAACAGACAAAACAAUAAAUUACGUGUAAUAACUCUUAAAUAUAUCAUAAAUUUUAUGAAUAAA